AUGACGGGCGUUUCGGCAAACGUCCAGACUUUCUCCAGGGUCCCGUCCACCUCGUCCUUUGCGCGCGUCUCGUGCCGGAGAUGCGCGUGCGCCCGUGGCCGCGUGACCGUCUCGACCACGUGCGUGUUCGACAAGGCGACGACCAACGAACGCGCGGCGUGCGUCACACGCUUGAAACUGCGUGACUGCGAGCGCGCGCUGCUCGCCGUUGGCCUCGUACUCGGUGCGGUAGAAGCCCCGCAACUGGUCGUUCAGGACGCCGCGGAACUGCAGACGGAGCGUGACGGACGCGUGGGCACGCGGCGGCUCGGCAAAGUGGUACGCGAUCGUGUCGUUGAGGCGGUUAGAGCGGAUCGCGGUCGCUUCUUGGGUGCGCCACGGCGAGGCGACGUCAUCGACGAACACGUGGAAGGCGUGGAGCUCGACGGCGUGACACGUGAGGACGGACGUCGACUCGGUCACGUGCACGAGGACGCGCUCGGAGCCUUCGAAGCGGAAGUUGAGCAGGUCAAUGCGCUCGUAGUUGAUGUGGUACUUUUUACAUAUAAAGUAAGAGGAGAGUAA